GAACGAUGAACGGUUAAAAGCUCGCUGAAUCACUACUAUGUUUUACGAUUAUGCCCUUCAUCUCUCAUCUAAUUUACCAUCGUUGCCAUUAGCCACCUUCCUUAUCGGCGGUAACCACACCGCCGCCCGCUUUUGCUCUCGAUAACCAUCGUUUCUUUAGGGUUUUCAUCGGAUUCUUUCUCGCGAUGGAGCUUCCGGCGAAGCCGGCGCGGCGGUUCCUCGCUCGGCUUCUCAUUCUCGGAGUGAUCGCCUUCGUUGUUCCAUUUGCCUACGUUGUCACCAUCCGCGGCGGCGGUGGUUGCUCCGGUGAGUCCUGCUUCUUCUCUUCCUCUGAUUCUCUCACUGUCUCUGCCGGCGGCUCCGCCGCUUACGUCCGUCACACCGACGGCGGCGUCGUGCGUGACCUCUGGACCAGCCGGGAAUGGCGCAAAGCCGUCGACUUUUACUCCUCUUCGUUCCAAACCCUCGCUGCCGAGGGAUUCAUCUCACCCGCAUCCAAAGCCCUCUGCGUCGGCUCCGCCUCCGGACAUGAGGUCCUCGCUUUGAAGGAGAUCGGCGUCUCCAACACCGUCGGUAUCUCUCGCACUCGCUCCCCGCCGCUUGUUGUUUCCGGCAACCUCUAUAGCCAGCCAUUCAAGAACGCGUCGUUCGAUUUCAUUUUCUCUGCGAAUCACAUCGAGCUUUCCCCCCGACCUGUGGAUCUCGCUGUUGAGAUUUCUCGGACGCUGAAACCCGAAGGGUUUAUAGUGAUCCACACCGCCUCCGCCGGGGACGCCUAUAGCCUUCGUUCUCUCCUUGAUCUCUUCCCUUCCUGCCGCCUCGUCCGCUCGCAUGAGAUUGACGGUCCCCUUUCUUCCAUGAAGCUCCGCGAGAUCAUUCUCCAGAAACAACCAGGCUCUGAGAUCGAUAAUGGUGAUUCCGUGCACGAAUGCUCGGUCGUCCCUGAUCAUAAGCUCCGAAUCCUUGCCUCCGCCGAGCCUCUGAUCCAAGAGGAGCCAUUGAAGCCAUGGAUUACUCUCAAGAAGAACAUCAAAAACGUCAAGUACUUGCCUUCCAUGGUGGACAUUAACUUCAAGAGAAGGUAUGUAUACAUCGACAUUGGUGCUCGGAGCUACGGCUCCAGCAUUGGGAGCUGGUUCAAGAAACAGUACCCAAAACAAAACCGAACUUUUGAGAUUUAUGCCAUUGAAGCUGACCGAGCUUUCCAUGAAGAGUAUGCAAAGAAGAAAGGUGUGAGCUUGCUGCCCUUUGCUGCGUGGGUGAGGAAUGAGACACUCACCUUCGAGGUCAAUCAUGAACUAGACCAGAAGGCCGAGAAGAAGAGCCUCGGGCGUGGAAUGGGGCGGAUUAGACCUUCGGUUGGAGACUCUGCCAAUGGUUUGGCAUCAAAUGACUUGCAUUCUAUUCAUGGGUUUGAUUUCGCCGAGUGGUUGAAGAGUACGGUCUCGGAGAAGGACUUUGUUGUUGUGAAGAUGGAUAUUGAGGGGACAGAGUUUGAUCUGGUGCCGAGAUUGUUUGAAACUGGAGCUAUUUGCUUGAUUGACGAGUUGUUUCUGGAGUGCCAUUAUAAUCGGUGGCAGAGAUGCUGCCCCGGGGAGAGAUCACCCAAGUAUAAGAACACAUAUGGGCAAUGCUUGGAGUUGUUCUCGUCGCUUAGGGAGAGUGGGGUGCUUGUUCAUCAGUGGUGGUGAUCGGUAAUAGAUUAAUUUGCAAUAUCAUAGAGUUCAUAGUUACAAAUUCAUACACCUGCAAUUUUUAUCUGUUGAUUCGUUUUGCUCCUCUUCAUUAUUCUUUUGUUUGCUCUGCUCAAUUGUAGUUAAGGAAGCUUUAGGAUUGUUACUCCCAUAAAUGUAUGCUCAAUUGUAGUUAACAAAGGUUUAGAAAUUUUAUUGUUAUAAUUGUGAAUCCAAUUUCUUUUGAUAUACAUAGUUCUGAAUCUUUAAUUGA